AUGAAUUUCUUCAGCAAUUCGACAUCACGUCUGAUUAUCCCACGUUGGAAUCGACCUGGGAAUCAACCUGUAGUACCAGUAGAUACACUUGCAUCUGUUGGCAAAUAUGCAAGCACUGAAGGACGUUUUUCAAUCAUAGAUCAGAGGCGUAAAGAACCAACAAGCAUGGAAUCGUCAGAUUCAUCAAGUGAUGGUGAAGCGGACUUCAACGAUCGAAGUAAGCCAUAUCAUGCUUGA